CCCACUUUGGCGGAAGUUAGUAAUAUAACGUAACCAAAUUGACAGAAAAAAGUUAUAUUUCUAUAUAUUUUACAAGAUUGUCUGUGAUAUCACUAGCUUAAAACAAUGAUUAAGCUAUUUUCUCUUAAACAACAAAAGAAGGAUGGAGAAAGUGCCCCGGAUAGAGGGAAAAGAUCGUCUGCUGCUCAACUCCGAAUUCAGAAAGACAUAACUGAACUGAAUCUUCCAAAGACUUGCCAAGUUGAUUUUCCAGAUCCAGAUGACUUGUUGAAUUUUAAACUCAAUAUUUGUCCAGAUGAGGGUUUUUACAGAGGUGGUAGAUUUGUGUUCAGUUUCAAAGUAGGACAAGGUUACCCUCAUGAUCCACCAAAGGUCAAAUGUGAAACGAUGGUUUAUCACCCCAACAUAGACUUAGAAGGAAAUGUUUGCCUUAAUAUUCUCAGAGAAGACUGGAAGCCCGUUCUUACAAUAAACUCCAUAGUAUAUGGAUUACAGUAUUUGUUUUUGGAACCCAAUCCAGAGGAUCCAUUAAACAAGGAAGCUGCCGAAGUUUUACAAUCAAAUCGUCGUCUCUUUGAACAGAAUGUUUCUAAAUCCAUGCGUGGUGGACACAUAGGUUCCGUGUUUUUCGAACGGUGCUUAAAGUGAUCCAUGCUUUAGUUUGUGAACUUGCUAGAAAAAUAAAUUAUCACAUUGCCUACCCAGUUGGAUCUUUAAAAAGGAGUCAAAGUUUAUUCUCCAUGCACGUUGCUUGAACAAGCGUGAAUCGCUCAUCUGAUUGGGUUCCUGCAUUAUUUAAAUGUAUGUGAUGGUUAACUUUUUUCGAGUGUGGAUUCUUCUUCCUGCAGAUGGCCCAGACAUCCUUGGUCUACAGUCCACACUUAAUUCUGUUGAAGUACCUCACAGUGUUAACAAAAAAACACCUAAAAUCACUUGUUGAGGAUUGCUGUCUUCAAUGGUUGCAGGUGAAUAUUACCUACACAUCAGUCAGCGCGUGCAUUUUGUAUUUAUUGUUUUAGCCAGACUUUACUUUUUGCAUUCAGAUUUCUCUGAUCUAAUUUUUUUUUUUUUAACAUCUUUUUUCUUUCGUUUACAAAGGUCACUUGUGUCGGCCACAAAAAAAAGUUUCUGUUUGUAAAUUCUGUGUUUCAAGAUGAACAUACGACAGUUGCAAACAUUGGAUGGACACAAAAAAAGUAUAUGUGUGCUAUUAACCAUGUUAAAAGCAGUUAAGAUAUUUGUUAUGCGAUUUAUAUAUAUGAUAUAUCCGUUGUUCCAUUAUUAAGGACAGUUGCAUAUGUUCUGUAUAUUCUUGUAGAAGUGGAGUCGAAUGGCAUUUUCAAUGUUUGGAUAUUCUGUGGUUCAGAGAAAAUAAAAACGUACUGUAAAUUACUGGAAAAGACGACCUCGUUGCCCGAAGUCUGUACAUGUAUAAAUACCUUUUUGUGUUAUAUUCAUGUAUGGAUGUGUACCAUUUUUAUAACAUUUUGAUAUCUAGCCAUAUUUUAACAUUUCUCAAUGUAUGCUUAAAGAUGAAGACGUAACAAAUAUGUGUAGUUUGUACAGUGUUAUUUCAGAUCAAUGUUUAUUAUCUUGACAUAGUUUGGAGCACUAAAGCAUUGGAGAGAAAUACUAUUUUCCCAUUUGAGACAAUUAUUCAAAUGAUGCUUGGGGUUAAAAGCAUUCAAAAGUAUCGUCCACUAGACUGUUCUCUAGUACAGGUCCAAAUAGUGCAAGCCAUUUAUGUUAUGUGUUAAAAGAAACUACCAUGACUACUACACUUCACUUUGUGCCAUGCCAUUAAAAGAGAGAGAGAGUUUGUGUAAAGUGUAGUUACCUAAAAAAAACUGUUCUAUGGCAGUUUUAUCAAUUCUGAUCAACUGAAGAACAAUAGUCCUGAUUUAAUGAAUCUAAUUAAUUUGAUCACCAAGUGAUAACUUCAGAUUUACAUAUAUGCUCCAUUUCUAUUUAACUUGCACAAAAUUACUUCCCUUGGUGAAAGCAUUUUUGAACUUUUUUUCUUUUUUUUAAAUAUAAUAACCAACACUCUAGGGGUAUUCUUGAUGGGAUGCCACCCAUCUCGUCCCUACAAGCUGUGCACCUUAAUGGCCUUAACGAGUCCACACACAUGGACAUAUAUAGAUCGGACUUUAAACUUUUAGACCUUCAUUAAAACUUUUAUGUCAAAAUUACCUCUCUUUUUUUUUUCUCUAUAUUAUUCAGUAGUCCGAUCCUUUUCUUUCUCUCA